AAGCAUAGCGCCAGAUUAGCACAGGGUGAUAGACUAGACACUAGCACACAGACUGCAUGGUAAAAGAGGGAAAAACAGCCGCCAAAAUAGCUUUCUAUAACGGAAUGUUUUCUCGAAAGAGCUAUGGAGACGUCAAGAAAUCUACACAGAAAGUUCUGGACCCAAAGAAGGAUGUACUGACCCGCUUGAAGCACCUCAGGUCUCUGCUAGAUAUCCUGGAUGGGGGAGAACUAAAGACGUUCUUUGAAACAAACUGCUCUCAAAUUUACUUUGUCUUCUUUGAGAAUUUCAUUACACUGGAAUAUAGCUUAAAGCAAAAAGGGAAUAAAUCACAAAGGGAGGAGCUGGACUCCAUUCUCUUUCUUUUUGAAAAAAUUCUUCAGCUUCUGCCGGAAAGAAUAUACUACAGAUGGCAAUUUCACAGUAUAGGUUCUAUUUUGAAGAAGCUUUUGCACACUGGAAACUCAGUCAAGAUAAGAUGUGAAGGAAUCAGACUGUUUUUACAGUGGAUUCAAGCACUACAGACAAAUUGCUUAGAAGAACAGUUUUUAAUCUUUGCUUGCCUCGUGCCUGGAUUUCCAACAGUGACUUCCUCAAGGGGUCCCUGCACGCUGGAUACUAUUAUUACCAGCUCCUACAGUAACGCUCCGGAUGCCAAGGUUGUUUCUGAAGAAAUCACGCCUCUAGUGCCAGCAGUAGCAGGUGAAAAGAUAGCUGAAGACCAGACAUGCUAUUUUCUACAAAUUGUUCUGAAGAACAUGGUUAUCCAGGCUUCAAGCUUAGAAUGGAGGAACAGAGAAAAUAAAGACACUGGCUUCAGGUUUCUCUUCACGCUCUUUAAGAAGUACUACCUUCCUCAUUUGUUUCCAUCCUUUACAAAGCUCACCAACGUGUACAAGCCUCUGCUGGCUAUUCCUCAGCUCAGACCAAAGCCACUGUACCUUCCUGUGACUCGCAACAAUGAGAGUACUUACUGCACAAGAGACCAAUUUCUGGCAGCGCGCGUUGCUUUUAUCAAAUGGCUCGUGACCUUCUUUCUGGAAAAGAAGUAUGUCACAGCAGCUCUAAACACUAAGAAUGGAGGGGAGGUGCUUCCCAGAAUAAUCCAGACUGUAACUGCAGGCAGUACAAGUCAAGAGAAGAACUCUGAGGCUGAGAGCAAUGGACCCAUUGAACAGGACAAGAACCAUUCCAACAGCAGCACUCUGUCUGACAGAAGACUCAGUAACUCCAGCCUUUGCAGCAUUGAAGAGGAGCACCGGACAGUCUAUGACAUGGUGCAGUGGAUUCUGCUGUCUACCAGGGACAAUGUGAAUUUUGUAAAUGAAGUAUUCCACCAGGCUUUCCUGUUACCAUCUUGUGAGGCCUCUGCAACAAGAAAGGUGAUACAGGUUUACAAGAAGUGGAUCCUGCAAGAUAAGCCUGUAUUCAUGACUGAGCCAGAAAAGAGCAAGCGGGGAGAGGAGGAAGGAGUGCAUUCUGAUCCUCUGCAGGAAAUAGAGACAGACAGCAAACAGCCUACAGAGCAUCCCAGUCACAAGCGCACUUCCAGCAGUGCAAUAAGCAGAGGCUGCAUUAACGAAGAGGAAAACGCAGAUGUCAAAGCUGGGGUCCAAUCUAUGUUGCAGGUGUUCCUGACAAAUUCUUCCAAUGUCUUCUUACUUGAACCUUGUCCUGAUGUCCCAAAGCUCAUGGAAGACCAGGUUGACGUGUGUAAAUCUGUGCUCAAUAUUUACAGGAAAAUGAUAAUGGAGCAUACCAUGAAUAAGCAGACCUGGGAGCAAAUGUUACAAGUAUUGCUUAGAAUCACUGAUGCUGUGAUGCGAAGGCCACAGGAAAACACUAAAGAUGUGUUUGCCACAAGCCUGGCUGGAAUGCUUUUUCGGACGAUAAUGGUAGCCUGGGUUCGGGCUAAUUUAAGUGUCCUUGUCACCCGGGAGCUCUGGGAUGAGCUGCUCAGUGUGCUGUCGUCCCUCACUGCUUGGGAGGAGCUAGUCAUCGAGUGGGCCAACAUCAUGGAUUCUCUCACAGGAGUCAUAGCAAGAUCUGUCUAUGGCCUAGAUAUGAGCAGCUUGCCGCUCGACAAACUGAGUGAACAGAAAGAAAAGAAACAGCGAGGCAGAGGAGUGAUUCAGGACGCUCAAAAGGGAGCUGCUAUGGGUAGAUCGUUUUCUCUGAGCUGGAGAAGUCACCCUGAAGUACAGGAGCCCAUGCGAUUCAGGAGUGCCACAACAUCAGGGGCUCCAGGAGUGGAAAAAGCAAGAAACAUGGUCCGGCAAAAAGCAACAGCUAAGCGAAGCCAUUCUAUCAGCAACUGUGUUCAUCUGUACGAGGCUUUGCCCGCUGCUAAAAGCGUGCCUCUGCUACUUCACACUGUGAGCUCUUUCUUGCCUGGUAUCUCUUACAACUCUUCCGCUCACAGACUUUCAGAAGUGGAUGAGAGCCAGCAGGGUGACAGUCCCACGGAUGCAGAGACCCUUGAUGUGGAUCGAGAGCAGCAGCUCACUCGCAGCAGCAGCACCUCAGAUAUUGCACAGCAGCUCACCUCCAACUCAUUCCAAGGACAAAAAAGGGAAAAUUCACCAAAUAACAACUAUUCAGACUCAAGAAACGAGGGUUUGGAAAACAUUGGAACAGGAAGAAAAGAAGUUGAGGCUCCUGUGAUCUACGUCAGGCGAAGUAGCAAUCCUGGUGAACUUGAAUGUCCUGGGGAUGGCCUGCUACCUUUAGGAAGACAGAGGCAGCGAGAGAAAAGUGCGUUGGGAUUUCAUUUUCAAGUCUACCCAUUCUACCCAUGUAUCUGGCUGCUUAUGAGUGAGAGUGCCAGCAGUGAAACCUCUAAUGGCUGUCUCAAUGAAGCAGAUGCCUGUUUAAUGUCGUGGCAGAUGUUUGAGGAGGAGCCUGAUUCUCUCUCUCCUGCUGAUGUCACUAUUGAUUCAGACAGCCCACGGAAUUUGCUGCAGCUCAGCCCUACUGAUGGCAUGACAGACAGCAGUGAAUGUCUAGCCGAUGACAUCAGUAUCAUUGCCGGUGGAAGUCUUACUGGCUGGCACCCUGACUCUGCAGCAGUGCUGUGGAGAAGAGUUCUAGGAAUACUGGGAGAUGUGAACAGGAUCCAGUGUCCGAAAAUACAUGCAAAGGUGUUCCUCUGUCUGUACGAGCUGUGGCACAAGCUAGCAAAGAUCAGAGACAACCUUGGAAUCAGUGCUGAUAACCAGUCCUCCCCUCCACAGCCCCUCCUCAUCCCACCGCUGACAAUGUUUGCAUCCUGGUUAUUUAAGGCUACUGCAUUGCCUCCUGAGUACAAGGAAGGGACACUCCAUGCCUACAGGUUGAUUUGUGAGAUGAUGACCAAGCAUCAAGAUGUCCCGCCCAACUCUGAUUUCCUUGUACACUUCUACCAUGUGAUGCACAAGGGCUUCAUCAGUGACGAUCAGGAUGUUUUGAACACAGUCAUCCGGUAUUGUUCUCCGCGGUUCUUUUUUCUUGGUUUGCCUGGGUUCACGAUGUUGGUUGUUGACUUCAUCUCAGCUGCUGCCCGGAUCCUUAGCUCUGAUGCAUUGGAAGCCCCACGCAUUGAAGCACAAACUAUUCUCGGCUCCCUAGUGUGCUUCCCAAACCUUUAUCAGCAAAUGCCUUUACUGCAGCCUGUUCCUGGAUCUACUGAGAAAUUCACUGGGAAUGAGGACAUUAAGGACUGUUUCAUAAACAUUUUAUUGAGGAAUGCCAGAAGUGAGCCAAUUGAAGGUGCAAGAUGCAUCGCUGUGUGCAGUCUUGGGCUGUGGAUCUGUGAAGAACUGGCCCAGUGCACACACCACCCUCAUGUGAAAGACGCUAUCAAUGUAAUGGGUGUAACACUGAAGUUUGGAAACAAAGUCAUUGCCCAUGUAGCAUGUGAUGUCUUUCGUCUGCUAGUCUGUCACUGGCAGAACCUUCAGAAAUAUGAAGCAUUUCUUCCCAAGAAGAUCACCGAAAUUUUAGUGGCCACGAUUGCAUUUCUAUUGCCAAGUGCAGAACACUCUACCAUGGAGGCAGAUAAAGAACUAAUGGUAUCUCUGCUGCUCUGCCUGUUGGAUUGGUGCAUGGCAAUUCCUUUGAAUACACUGCUAGAGCCCAUUGCCAUGCCUGUACUUGAAGAUCCUUAUUCUCAAAAAGCCCCUCUUCUGGACUAUAUUUACAGGGUUCUGCACUGUUGUGUUCAUGGCUCAAAUCUCUACACACAGCAAAGCCAUUACCUGCUGAGCCUUGCAGACCUCUCCGCAACAGACUACGACCCGUUCCUGCCGGUCGGGAAUGUCAGGAACGCAGAGCCACCGCAGCCUCAUACCAGUGUGGAUUUUGGCAGCCUGCUCACGGUAGCGGAGGAGAAGAAAAGGAGGAACAUGGAACUGAUUCCUCUGACUGCACGCAUGAUCAUGACACACCUUGUGAACCACUUGAGCCACCAUCCACUCAGCGGAGGUCCUGCCGUUCUUCACAGCCUCAUCAGCGAGAACCACGACAACGACUAUGUGGAGUCAUCUGAGCUGUCUUCAGAGGUCUUCAAGAGUCCUAACCUGCAGCUGUUUGUGUUCAACGACAGCACCCUUGUUUCCUAUUUGCAGAUCCCUGCAGAAAAGACUGGAGCCGGAGGUGCAGCAGAUGUCCGAGUCAUUGUGAGAGACAUCUCUGGAAAGUAUUCGUGGGACGGUGGCAUUCUCUAUGGACCUUUGGAUGGACAGUCAUCCAGUAGCUGUAAAGACCAACAUAUAAAAGUGCCUUGGGGCAGUGCCAGGCCUGGACAGAACGUGCAUCCAAUGAGCUGGGACUCUGAAGGUAUCAGUGAAGAAGGGCAGGACGUGUUGGACAAGCUGCUGGCGAACCUGGGCAGCUGUAGUCCAGAGUGCCUGUCCCAGCAGCAGGGGAAGCUCAAUGAUCCAGCUCUGCCACCACAGGGUAUGAGUCAUGAGCAGGAACACACCAUAAUGGAAGCCAUCUUAAGGCAGAGCUCCCAAGAAGAAGCACAUGUCAAGAGGUGGCACAGUGACAUAAGCAUGAAAGUAAGCAGUCAGAAAGAACCGGCUCCUCAAGAGCCCAAAGCACCUUUCUAUUUCUGCAGGCUCCUGCUGAAUGAUCUGGGCAUGAAUUCCUGGGAUCGGAGAAAAAGUUUCCAUCUACUGAAAAAAAACUCAAAGCUCUUGAGAGAACUUAAAAACUUGGAUUCAAGACAAUGCCGAGAAACACACAAGAUAGCUGUGUUUUAUAUCGGGGACGGCCAGGAGGACAAGUGCUCCAUUCUCUCAAACACCGAAGGUAGUCAGGCCUAUGAAGACUUUGUCUCAGGACUUGGCUGGGAGGUGGACCUCUCAACACACUGUGGAUUCAUGGGUGGCCUGCAGCACAAUGGCAGCACAGGCCAGACAGCCCCUUACUACGCUACCUCCACUGUGGAAGUGAUCUUCCAUGUGUCCACAAGGAUGCCGUCAGAUCCAGACGACUCGCUGACAAGAAAGCUUCGUCACCUGGGAAAUGACGAGGUUCAUAUCGUCUGGUCUGAGCACACAAGGGACUAUCGCAGGGGCAUUAUACCUACAGAUUUCGGGGAUGUGUUGAUCAUUAUUUAUCCAAUGAAGAAUCACAUGUUCUUCAUACAGAUCAUGAAGAAACCACAGAUCCCUUUCUUUGGUCCUCUGUUUGAUGGAGCCAUCGUAACAGGAACACUGCUGCCAAGUUUAGUGCGUGCCACAUGCAUUAAUGCCAGCCGAGUUGUGAAGUCUCGCCUGACACUCUACCAGAGCUUCUAUGAAGAAAGGGCAUUGUACCUGGAGGCAAUCGUCCAGAGCCACAGAGAAGUGAUGACGUUUGAAGAUUUUGCUGCACAAGUGUUCUCUCCCUCCCCGAGCUACUACACCCUGAGUGGAACAGGCUCCCUCAAUGGCAGUGCGAGUGCUGAGCUCCCCGUUGCUGUAGGAACGGACUCCACAGAUCAGGUCUCCCCUACAAUGCCACGCUCCACAAAGAGCAGAGUCCCUGGGAAACUCCGCCGCUCUGCCAGCGCCAUCAGCAAAUCCUCAAACUGACUGUGGGACCUUCGAUUUCAAACACUUCAGAUUUUACCAAUAACAUUGGUACUUUUCAUUAUUGUUUAAUCAUUCUUUAUUUCUUCUUCUUGUUUUUUAUGAAAAGUUAGACCAGUUGGCGUAAACACCCAGAAGAGUGGGAGCUAUACAUGUUUCUUUUUGCAGUACUUUAUCAGGUUUGUUAGGGAUACCUGCAAAACAAACAUAACUCAUUGGUAUUGUAAGGCUAGGGAAUUUGUUAGGAGCCAUAUUUAAUAUCUGAUAACACUGUUGGUCAUUCAGUACAGUACAUUUAAAAUUGGCCAUAUGAAAAGAAAAAGGAACCUAAUCCAUUUAAGAGCAAUAGGUACAACAUUGCCCUUUUCAUAACUUUUUAACAAUGCUGUUCUUGGUGCUUUGUUAGUAGUUUUCCCAAUACGUUUAAAAAUCUUUUUCAUUCGCUGUGCUUUUAUAACCCUCAGUCCAAGAAAGCUUGUUCAUGUUUCUUUGCCACACACUUCGUUACCUCAUAAGCACGGUGCUGUCCGUGGUACUGAGGAAACCACCAUUCUCAGAAAGAGGGCCUGAAGGGGCCUGCUUUAGAAAGACAGGCAUGACAUCGCCUUCCUCUGCAAAGCAAGGAAAAACACUGGGAACACGGCACCCGAAAAAACAAAACUCAGAAGGUCAUGCUUGUUUGUUUGUUUUUCAUUUACUAGUAUUACUGAAUAUUGUCUAAAAGUGGUGGAAAUGUAAGAUAUGUGUUUGGGUCAGGGCUGCAUAUUAACACUAGCUUACUCUUCACCCCACACAUCUUUGAAGACAACCGAGUGAAAAGAACCAUUUGAUCUUAGGUAGCUGAUCUAUGGGUAAUCCUCAAUCUUUAUCUGUAUUGCCUUUUAGUUGGGCAGUUGCAUUGCUAGAUUUAUCUCUCACUGAUCCAGAAAACUACAUACAGUUUGUUUCUCCACAUCUAGCAUAGUUUCGGUUUUGCUUGGUUUAUGCUAAAUAGAUUAAGAGUAUAAAUACAAUGCUGUUUAUUACUCUAUUGAAUUGUGAAAUCUUAAGGUAACCUGUUAUAUAUACAUAUAAUUUUAAUAUACAUUUCUUACUACAGAUUAUUUUUCUUCUUGUAAAGCUACAGAUUUUCCAUUAUGACAUUCAUAUACAGUGUGUUGUUUUGCAAUCUUUAUCUGUGUUAACAUAAUGUGAAUGUGUCUUCUGUUGUGACAUGAAAAAUGCUUUAAAAUUUUUAUCAUAUGUAAAUAUGGAGUAAUAUUUGAGAACGAUUUGCAGUUAUGUUAUGUUUUUUUGCUGUCAGUUUUUGUGAAUUUGCUGAUUUGAUUAACCCUGCAAUCAGAGCCUCAGGUAUUGUCUUCUCUGCACAUGCUCUCUGUGUAUCUGGAUCAGAAACUGGAAAGUAUUGCUCACAGUGCUGAUGUAAUACCUUAAUACAAAUGUCAGGUUGGAGAGUACAUUGUGUGUCAUAUUGAAGUGAAUACAGUACUUUUCAGGGUUUCAUUGCUUGGAUAAAUUAAAAGUGAAAGAUAACUGAUUGCCUUGCAUUAUAGUUUUUAUUUUCUGCUGAGCUAUAUGCCUAAAUGGUGGCUUACAAUCAGAGCCAUUAGGUCGCGGGUUCAGUACCUGUCACCUCUUUAUUUAUGUUUAAGUAUGUGAGUAUUUUUCUAUGCUCUGUAACGUGGAGGUAUGAUAAUGGCUUCAGCAGAUGCAGGAGCAUGUGAUUUAUAGAGCUGAAGAAUCACUGAAAGUUAAAGCUUGAUGUAGGUGUACACUAACGCUAAACAAGGCACACAAGAAUAAGGAAUGCCAGCACGCAAUCCAGUGUAGCCACCAGCUCAUUUGAAAGCUGGUUUGUGUUUAGCUGUUUUUUCACUGCUGUCCCUUGAUAGUACAGUUGCCAUGUGAGCCAGGUAUUGCAUGCACUGCAUAUGCUCUACUUGAGAAGCGACUCUGUCCUGUUGCACUGCACUGCCUUACCUGUACAUGAUUAUUAAGCACUGCUGUGUCACAUAGGAGGUGUCAUCUGAGAGCUGCACACUCCGUGUGUGUGUGUAAAUAUCUUUAUUUGUGUACAUUAUAU